AUGGCUAAGGAGGAAGAUGACGACAAUUUGCCCGAUAAAGAUGCGGCAAAAGAGUUUUAUGCCAAAUACGAGCCGAAAGAAAUCAUCGGAAGAGGUAUCAGUUCAACAGUUAGAAGAUGUAUAGAAAAAGAAACUGGAAGGGAAUAUGCAGUGAAGAUCAUAGACUUGAGUCAGGAAUCACAGGAUGGGGUGGAUACUCACAUCAUGCGAGAUGCUACACGCCAGGAGAUUCAUAUACUGCGCAUGGUUGCUGGACACCCAUAUAUUAUUGAACUCCAAGAUGUAUUUGAAUCGGAGACAUUCAUAUUCUUAGUAUUUGAGCUGUGCAAGAAUGGAGAGUUGUUCGACUACCUCACAUCCGUUGUGACACUAUCCGAGAAGAAAACUAGAUAUAUUAUGAGACAAGUUCUAGAAGGCGUCCGACACGUCCACAGCAAGUGCAUUGUACAUCGGGAUCUGAAGCCUGAGAACAUACUGUUAGAUGACCAGCUUAAUGUCAAGAUUACUGACUUUGGUUUCGCCAAGGUACUCAAAGAUGGGGAGAAAUUGUUUGAGCUGUGUGGUACGCCGGGCUACUUGGCACCGGAAACACUUAAAGCCAAUAUGUUCGAAGACGCGCCGGGAUAUGGUCAAGAGGUGGACAUUUGGGCCUGUGGAGUUAUCAUGUUCACGCUGUUAGUCGGAUGUCCACCGUUCUGGCAUCGGAAGCAGAUGGUGAUGCUGCGGAACAUCAUGGAGGGGAAAUAUUCCUUUACAAGUCCUGAAUGGGCCGAUAUAUCAGAGGAUCCCAAAGACCUCAUUAGACGACUUCUGGUAGUCGACCCGAAUGAAAGGAUUGGUAUACUUGAAUCUCUUAACCAUCCCUUCUUCAAUGCAAUGCUGUGGGAUCAAGACAUGACGCCGCUCAAGAAGACCCUCUCGAGUACCAGCCGCAAGAUGUCUAGGAUUGACAUGGCCAUCAAGAGCAGCGCGUUCAACGCGCGCGCCAAGCUGCGCGUGGGGCUGGUGGCGGUGCGCGCGGCGGUGCGCCUGCGCCACCUGCCGCACACCGCCGCGCGCGCGCUGCCGCUGCGCGACGCGAUGCGCGACCCCUACACCAUGCGCGUGCUCAGGAAGGUCAUAGACGGGUGCGCUUUCCGUGUAUACGGCCAUUGGGUCAAGAAGGGCGAGGGUCAGAACCGCGCGGCCUUAUUCGAGAACACGCCCAAGACGGAGCUGAAGAGCUUGUACCCACGCCGACUUGAAUUAACUGGUACCAAGAAGCACUUCACGUACCAGGAUAGCAGAGUUUAUGAAGACGUGUGUUUUCGUUCCAAGAAGUUCGGAAUCACGUAG